AUGUCAGAAAAGGUGUACAUCGAGAAGGAGAUCUCAGUUGUAACUGAUCAGGAAGUCGCAAAAAAUUUAAAGACAACUAAUGGACUUCCCAUGCGUAAAUGGAAGGUUUCACUUUAUUCAAUUGACGAUGAAACUUCAGAAAAAUGUCCUUUAAAUUUUGUUGAUAGAGUUGAAUAUCUUUUACAUCCCACAUUUGAAAACCCGGAACGAGUUAUUAAAAAACCACCAUUUACACUCUCAGAAAAGGGCUGGGGAGAAUUUGAUAUGAAAAUUAUACUGCAUUUCACAGAUAAGUCCAUUCAACCAUGGACUAUAGAACACGAUCUCAAUUUUAAAAAAUCUCAUUACGAAGUUAUUCAUAAACUGAAGUUUUUUGAACCAAAACCACCUUUUCGCAAAAUGAUUUCUCAAGAAAUAUCAUUAGAAUCUUCAUUGUCACCAAAAAUUAAAUCAGGUCGACCAAAAAGAAUCAAAUCUUCAUCUUCAAUUUCCUCAAAACGUCAAAAAACGGAAUUAUCCUUUACUCCAACAUAUGAUUCACUUGAUUCAACGAGUCCAUCUUGUUCUAACGAAGCUAUGAAUGGUAAACAAAAAUUUCAGGUAGAUUACAAUAAAUUGGCCAAAAAUCUUUAUGAAUUAGAAGGCGAAGAUAUUUUGGAAGUAAUACACCUUGUAAAUGAACAUCGAACAAGUGAAAUGUAUAUUAAUGAAGAAGUCGAAGAAAUCAUGGCAGAAUACAAGGGUGCAUCGUCGGAAGGUCAACGACAGGCCAUGUUGGAGAAACAGAGAGCAAAAAUGUUAAGCGAUUUCGAAAAACAACGUGAAAAAAUCGCUAAAGACAACCAAGUUAAUAUAAAUACCAGUAAAUUUGUUACUCAAUAUGAUGAUGUAGAGGAUUCUUUGAAGAAAGAAACUAUUGAUUCUUCGUCACCACCACCAAAAAAAUCAAAACUAGGCAAAAAUCCUAACGUUGAUACUUCAUUCUUGCCCGACAGAGACAGGGAAGAAGAAGAACGUAAAGAAAGAGAACAAUUGCGAUUGGAAUGGUUACGAAAACAAGAAGAAAUAAAAAAUGAAAAAAUUAGUGUCACAUAUUCGUAUUGGGACGGUACCGGACACCGUAAAACAGUGUCGUGCAAAAAGGGCGAUUCUAUUGCUGAUUUCUUAGAGAAAUGUCGACAACAGUUUCAUGAGCUACGUGGAGUGAGCGUGGAUAAUCUUAUUUAUGUAAAAGAAGAUUUAAUUAUACCACAUCAUUACACAUUUUAUGAUUUCAUCAUUAAUAAGGCAAGAGGAAAGUCAGGUCCCUUGUUCAAUUUUGAUGUUCAUGAUGAUAUACGUUUGACUCAUGAUGCAACUAUCGAAAAAGAUGAAUCACAUGCAGGAAAGGUAGUUGAAAGGAAUUGGUAUGAAAAAAAUAAGCAUAUUUUUCCGGCAAGUCGAUGGGAAGUGUAUGAUCCUGAGAAGAAUUAUGGAAAAUACACGAUUAAAGAUACAAAUAAAAAGCCUGGUUCAUUAUGA